GAACAUCAGACCAUCGUAUUCUGAUGUCUUUUGGGGUGACUCUCAAAAAGUUGACGUGCAUACAACAGUCACAGACUUGAUCAACAGAACCCACUUUCACCCAAUCCAGAAGAGAACAUGAUGUCGGGCUGGAAGUAUGCGUUUGCCAUGAGCAAGGAGGAAGUCGCAACGGCUACACCGCCUGGGACGGCAAAGUUGAUACUCGAAGAUGAGUUUUCAGGCGCAUCACCAAGAUCUUCCACCUCUCUCAGACGAUUCCCGCAACCAUCGGAAGACCCAGCAGAUCCUCUCAACUGGGCACAGUGGCGCAAAUUCACACUCUUAUUGACUGUAUCACUAUAUUCUUUCGCUGGCAACUUCACGAGCUCGGGCAUCGCACCGGCGUUACAACUAUGGUUCAAGGCCUUCCCGACAGAUGUCCGGCCGUUUAGUGACCUCACCUACUUUAUCGCGGUCAACAUUCUGUUUCUUGGAGCAUCCAACAUCUGGUGGGUCCCUCUGUCAAACAUCUUCGGCCGACGACCCGUGUUGCUGGCUGCAACGCUUCUCAUGACGGUUGGCACCAUUGCGUGCGCUGUCUCAACGACCUACAACGGCGUCCUCGUCUCCAGACUGUUCCAAGGUAUCGGUGCCGGUGCGUCAGAGUCAGUCGCUCCAGCACUCAUCGGAGAGGUCUUUUUCGUGGAUGAGCGAGGUCGUGCUAUGGCCAUCUACACCGUCUUCCUCUCAGGCGGCUCUCUAAUCGGCGGAAUCGCGGGUGGGUACAUCGGCUAUCAACUAGGCUGGGUCUACAUCUUUUGGGUGGGAACAGCCGUGUCCGCCGCCUGCUUCAUCGCCACCCUCUUCCUUGUCCCCGAGACCCUCUAUGACCGCGUCGCCUCCUCCAGCAUCGACGCCGCCGGCAGCGGCCAGUCGCCCAUUGACGAAAAGGGCAUGGAAAGCCAUGUCGAAGACGCGCAGAGCCAGGUCCUAGACUACCGACCCUUCACCUACGGGCGGUCUCUGGGCUUCACCCACUACCGCGGUGGCGUCGCGAGCAACUUCCUCGCCCCCUGGAAGACGCUGAGAUUCCCGGGCAACUGGGUCGUCAUGUUCCACUACGCAGGCCUCGUCGGCGGUAUCGUCACCAUCUCCACCGUCGGGCCGCAGCUCGUGGCGGCACCGCCGUACCUCUGGGGCGCCAACGUCGGGCUGAUCAACAUUGGAGGCGUCAUCGGGACAGGCCUGGGCGCUCUGUAUACGUACCUUCUCGCCGACGCCCAGCUCAAGAAGAAGGUCAAGAGUUCGGGUAGCGGGCUGGCGGAAGCGGAGAGCAGGUUGCCGACAAUGUUUCCCUCCCUCGUCAUCGCGACGGGCGGGUUCUUCGUCUUUGGCUUCACGGGCCAAUACCCGUCCAGAAACGGCUGGGUCGGUCUCUCUGCCGGGUUUGCCAUGGUAUCGUUUGGUCUCAUGCAACUACCAUCCGUCGGCUUCAACUAUCUCAUCGAUGCGUAUCAGCAUCUCGCUGGCGACUGCUUCGUCAUGGUUACCAUCAUGCGAGCGAUUCUUGCGUUUGCUUGGACGUUUUUCGUGGCGCACUGGGUCGAGGAGAAGGGAACUUCAGAGCCGUUUGGUAUAUUUGGCAUGCUGAUGGGAAUUUUCUCUCUUUUGACGAUUCCUCUAUGGCUCUUUGGAAAGAGGAUGAGAAUUGCCACAAGGAAGCUGGUGGAGGCAUGAUCAAAUGGACGUUCUUUUCAGCACGGAAACUGUCACGAAUCAGCAUAUAGAGAGAGUAGCUCAUGGAAAUCGGGAUCUCAACUGUGGUCUAAUCAACUAUGGAAAAGGGGAAAAGGGAAGCCCUCGAGGGAGCCCCUUUUGUAUGCCCAUACCCCUGUCUACUCCUCAUCUCUACCCC